AUGAGCAGGCCGCAUUCCUAUAUCUCCUUCUGCUGGAUUUAUUUUGCUGCUUCAGGACUGAGAGCUGUAGAAACAGCAGAUGGAAAAUACGCUCAGAAAUUGUUCAGUGACCUUUUUGAAGAUUAUUCCAAUGCUCUGCGUCCAGUGGAAGAUACAGAUAAAGUUCUCAAUGUCACACUGCAGAUUACACUUUCUCAGAUAAAGGAUAUGGAUGAAAGAAACCAAAUUCUGACUGUAUACCUGUGGAUCCGCCAGAUCUGGUAUGAUGCCUAUCUCACAUGGGAUCGAGACCAGUACGACGGGCUGGACUCCAUCAGGAUUCCCAGUGACCUGGUGUGGAGGCCAGACAUUGUCCUGUACAACAAGGCUGACGAUGAGUCUUCGGAGCCCGUGAAUACCAAUGUGGUCCUGCGAUAUGACGGGCUUAUUACUUGGGAUGCUCCAGCCAUCACCAAAAGCUCCUGCGUGGUGGACGUGACCUACUUCCCCUUUGAUAACCAGCAGUGCAACCUGACCUUUGGUUCCUGGACCUACAACGGCAAUCAGGUGGACAUAUUCAAUGCCCUGGACAGCGGCGAUCUCUCGGACUUCAUCGAAGAUGUGGAAUGGGAGGUCCACGGCAUGCCAGCUGUGAAGAAUGUCAUCUCCUAUGGCUGCUGCUCGGAGCCAUACCCAGAUGUGACCUUCACGCUCCUUCUGAAGAGAAGGUCCUCCUUCUACAUUGUCAACCUCCUCAUCCCCUGCGUCCUCAUAUCUUUCCUGGCUCCCUUGAGUUUUUAUCUCCCAGCAGCCUCGGGAGAGAAGGUGUCUCUGGGGGUGACCAUUCUGUUGGCCAUGACUGUGUUUCAGCUGAUGGUGGCGGAGAUCAUGCCGGCCUCAGAAAACGUCCCUCUGAUAGGUAAAUACUACAUAGCCACGAUGGCGCUGAUCACAGCCUCCACGGCGCUGACCAUCAUGGUGAUGAACAUCCACUUCUGUGGGGCUGAGGCCCAGCCAGUGCCGCACUGGGCCAGGGUGGUCAUCCUGAAACACAUGGCCAGGAUCCUGUUUGUCUACGAUGUAGGUGAGAGCUGCCUGAGCCCACGCCCCAGUCAGGAGCCCGAUCACCUCACCAAGGUUUAUGGCACACUCCCGGCAUCCCACUUGCAAAUAGCUGGGCACAAGGAAAUGAGCAGACUCUUAAAGAAUGACCUGGGUUCUCAGAGCGGGGCGCCCCAGGACGCUGAUGGUUACUGUGCCCGCUACGAACUGCUGACGAGAAACAUUCAGUACAUUGCCAAGUGCCUCAAAGACCACAAGGCCACCAACUCCAAGGGCAGUGAGUGGAAGAAAGUUGCCAAAGUCAUAGACCGCUUCUUCAUGUGGGUUUUUUUCAUUAUGGUAUUUGUGAUGACUAUUUUGAUCAUCGCAAGAGCAGAUUAG